UUCCCCGGGAGCCUCUUCCACUGCUUCUGCAAACGCUAGAGAGAGAGAGAGAGAAGAGAGAAAAAUGGGUUUACAUGGUUGUCUGAACGGGACAACCUUCCAAAGUCUCAAACUUACUGCAAUUCCGACUUGGUGUUCCUCACCUUUCCACCAAACUCAAACCCUCCAUUUCCAGAAAUCUCCAUUGCCACGCGCUAUCUCCACCCAAACAUCUCCGUCAACAACAAAAGCCCCGGAAGACCACGGUGGGAAACCUCAAUGGAAAGCCACAAUAGACUUCAAGUGGAUAAAAGAUAACAAGGAAGCCGUUGCUGCCAACAUAAGGAACCGGAAGUCUAAUGCUAAUUUGGACCUUGUGCUCCAGCUUUAUGACCAAAUGCUAAAUCUUCAGAAGGAGGUUGAGAGGUUUCGUGGAGAAAGAAAUGCAGUGGCUAACAAGAUGAAAGGAAAAAUAGAACCAUCUGAGCGUCAAAGACUAAUUGAGGAAGGAAAGAAUUUGAAGGAGGGACUUGUUUCUUUGGAAGAAGACCUGGUGAAGCUUAACGAUAAGCUUCAACAUGAAGCGCAGUGUGUACCAAACAUGACUCAUCCAGAUGUUCCAAUAGGAGGGGAGGAUUGUUCCACUAUUAGGAGGAUGGUUGGAAGCUCUCCCACAUUUGGUUUUCCUGUCAGAGAUCAUCUCCAACUAGGAAAGGAACUUGAUCUUUUUGAUUUUGAUGCUGCUGCUGAGGUCAGUGGGUCAAAGUUCUACUACCUGAAAAAUGAAGCGGUUUUGUUAGAGAUGGCUCUUGUAAAUUGGACACUCUCACGAGUGAUGAAGAGAGGCUUUACUCCGCUAACAACGCCUGAAAUUGUACGGUCCUCUGUUGUUGAAAAAUGUGGGUUCCAACCUCGGGCAAAAAAUACCCAGGUUUAUUCCAUUGAUGAUAGUGAUCAAUGCCUCAUCGGCACUGCAGAGAUUCCUGUUGGGGGCCUUCAUAUGGAUUCGAUACUUGCUGACUCAUUGUUACCCUUAAAAUAUGUGGCAUUUUCUCAUUGUUUCCGUACUGAAGCAGGUGCUGCUGGCACUGCAACAAAGGGUCUUUAUCGAGUUCACCAGUUCAGCAAGGUUGAAAUGUUUAUUUUCUGCCGCCCAGAAGAGAGUGAAUAUUACCAUGAAGAGCUUAUUCAAAUUGAAGAAGACAUCUUCUCAUCCCUUGGAUUACAUUUUAAAACUUUGGAUAUGGCCUCUGAAGAUUUAGGUGCACCUGCUUACCGUAAAUUUGAUGUGGAGGCAUGGAUGCCUGGUUUAGAACGGUUUGGUGAGAUCUCAAGCGCAUCAAAUUGCAGAGACUAUCAGAGCCGUCGUUUGGGAAUCAGGUAUCGUCCAUCAGAAGCAACAGUCACAAGUGCAAAAAAGUCUAAAGGCAAUCUCUCUCCACCACAGUUUAUUCACACAUUAAAUGCAACAGCUUGUGCAGUACCGCGGAUGAUUAUAUGUUUACUUGAAAUUUACCAACAAGAAGAUGGAUCUGUCCUUAUUCCUGAGCCCUUGAGGCCCUUCAUGGGUGGUCUUAAUGUUAUCGCUAGAAAAUCAUGAUAUAUUGGUUCAUAACAUUAUUCCAUUUGAAGGAUGCUAUUGCGGCAUAAGAUUGUGGUGAUAGAUGAGUUGCAGCAAUUUUAUUAUAAAUGAUGAAGUGACAAAGAUUUAGUCAUUAGUUUUACAAAUAAUAUUGAUGAUAUCAUGUCAGAUUUUUUGUUUUUUUACCUCUUAAAAUCAAAUUGUAUAGAAUUUUUUACUGUAGCCACAGAUUUGAUAAUG